UUUUUAGAGAGAAAAAAAUUUUUUUAAUCAAAAAAUGCAACGCCAAAUGGAUUUUACUAAUGAAAAAAGAAAAUCAACAUUAUUUAAUAAUUCUCCAACAACAAAAAGAGAAGCUUUUAAUAACAGAAAUAAUAAAUUUGUAACUGCCCAAAGAAGAUAUGACAAUGUUAGAGUGAGGGAUUCUGAAAUGAAGAGUAGACUGUGCUGUGAAUGUGGACAACAAAUAUUUGGGGAGAAAAAAUAUCAGGAACAUAUAAUCGCCCAUGAAUGUACUUUUCUCGCAUACAACCUCUACUAUACAGAACAACAAACCAGCAAUAAAAAUGUUAAAUUAAAUAAUUUUGAGGAGUCUACAACACAAACAGAAGUUAAAAAUAAAAAUUAUAAAAGAAAAAUUUCUGAAGAAAGUGGAGGAAGAAUUAGUGGAGGAGGAACAAGUGUUUAUUCAAAAAUAGCUAAAAGGACCUAA